CGAGCAACAUUGCUUUACAUUUUAGUCUACCAGUGAAUUUUCUUCGGUGUGGUUGAAAUAAAGUGUAGUGAAAUGGAAAAAUCCAACUAUUCUUUCGUUUUCAAAUUCGAAUCCGAUUUCGAUGAACUGAAAGCUCAAGCUUGGAUGAGAGAUCGUUGGACUGAUGUUUUCUACUACGAUUUAAUCUAUCUUUCAGUGAUCUUUUCAAUCAGGAGUUUCAUGAAGGAUCGGACGCCUUAUAGAAUGAAGAUACCCUUAGUGAUUUGGAACGUAUUUCUAGCCUCUUUCAGUAUAAUGGGAACCGUAAGAACAGUACCGGAGCUUGUACAUACCCUGACAACUAGAGGAAUUCAAAGUUCGAUCUGUGAUAAAUCGUUCAACACUACGGAUGAAGUGACCAGAGUAUGGAGUUUCCUGUUCGUGCUCAGCAAAGUUCUGGAGCUCUUCGACACAGUUUUUGUGGUACUCAGAAAACACCCACUCAUACUUCUCCAUUGGUACCAUCAUAUAACAACCCUUGUUUACUGCUGGUGGACCUACACAGAUAUGGUUUCAACUGGUCGUUGGUUCUAUGUGAUGAACUUCUUCAUUCAUUCGCUCAUGUAUUCUUACUAUGCGCUACGUGGUCUUGGUUACAAAAUUCCGAAACAGGUGUCCAUAUGCAUAACUUCCCUUCAGAUAUUGCAGAUGAUGGUUGGAUGUCUAGUGAAUGUUUACGGUUUGAUCCAGAUCCAGAAGGGAAUUGAAUGUGAAACCACUCAUUUGAAUAUUUUCUUUUCGUUAGUUCUGUAUUUGAGUUUUUUCAUUUUGUUUGUUCACUUUUUCCUCAACACUUAUUCGAAAGAGAAAAAAAUUGACCCGAAAAAGAGACAAUGAAGUAGUGGAAAUCAUAAUUGUAAUUUCUGCAUUCUUUUUCGAGGCGUUCUUUUGUAAAUGAAUUUAAUUCAGCUCAGUAUUGUGUUUUUCGAUAUCAUGCAUCCCUGCAAU